AUGCGAAGGCGAUGCGAAGGCACCAAGGGCUGCGUCGUUCACCUGGCAGUCGUGCUGGGACCCCCACCACCAACUCACUCCACACGCAUAUCGUCUUCUUUGCUGGAAUCCUUACAAUGCUACAACAACUACAGGUCCCAUGUGCACUGCAAGUGGACGCCACAGAGAAACUCAACUCUGCAGGUGUGGGUCAGGACGAAUUUGGGCAGUGACUUGUGUGUUCCUUUCAACACUGCUCAUUCAGAAGAGGAUGGAUCUGCCCACUGCAGAUAUGACACUCCUCUGUUUUCUAUCGGCAUCACUCACACGGUCUGCUUUCUCAGCGAUGACACAAAGUCCCUUUGCUCGUCUGCCCAGCACAAGUUUGAGGAUCUCGUUCUGAGCUUGCGAGCUCACCCACCUUGGAAUCUGUCAUCAUCUGAGGACGAUGAUGGAGGUCGAAGAGUGCAGUGGGCCAGCCCAUAUCCUCCCUCCUCCUCCCUGAACCAAAACCUGACAUAUCAGCUCAGCUACAGGAUCCAGACUGGUGACGACUGGACUUCUGAGAAUGUCACAAUCACCAGUGUGAAACUUGAGAGGCAAAAGUUGCUUUCAGGCCACAGAUAUGAAGCCAGGGUCAGAACUCGGGCCAGUUUGGGUCAUUGGAGCAAAUGGAGCCCGGUGGUGACGUGGCAGACUAAAGAUGAUUUUGUCCAGGUUCCUCCUUUACACUGUGUUCUGGACGGAGAAACGUCUGUGAUGUGCAGCUGGGAGGUGAGCGCAGAGCUGGCUCACCUUAUUACCUACCAGCUGAGCUGCCGGCCCAACCAGACAGCACAGUCUGAGAGAUGCUGUGUGAACCCCACUGUGAGUUCUGACUCCAGAGGGACAGCAGUGAGAUUCAGCUGCUCGCUGACUGUCGCAGACCCCGAACAUCUGCAGCUGAGCCUCCAUCCAGUGCACAGUGUCAAGACCUUUAAAGUCCACCAACACAUUCGCCCUGACCCUCCUCAGAAGGUAACGGUGAGGAGGAAAGACGAGGACUGGUUGGUGGUGUGGACGGAACCAGCUACAGAACUCAAACUGUUUUAUCAGCUCUGUUAUUACAGGAAAGUGGAUCAGAGAUCUUCAGUUCUGCUGAACAUUUCAGGGAAGUCCAGGUCUGUGACCAUCCUGGGUACAUCCCUCACCCCUCUCCAGGACUACCAGGUCAAAGUCAGGUCGCUGGUCGUCCUGGGACAAGGCUCCCUCUACGAAGGAAUCCCCUCGGAAUGGACCGAUCCCGAGGACUGGACCUCUAAUGAAGGUGUUUACACGCCCUGGUUGCUCUCCUACCUGAUCUAUUUCUUCAGCGGUGUUGUAUCAACUGCACUAUUUCUGGUUCUGUACAACACCAUCCCAGCUUGUCAGAGGAAAGUGACAAAGUGGGAGAAUUCUGUUCCGUCUCCGGGUAAAAGCAAGCUGCUGUCUAAGAUCAAGUCGGCCCCCUCUCUGACCCCCAUGGAGUGCGAGAAGACCACCUUUUGCAAAGUGCAGCACCUCGACAGCAUAUCAACAUGCUCCUCAGAAGCUUUACUGUGGCCAUCCAAACACACUGAAACCAAAUGUGCGGAUCAGGAUGGCGGAGGCUGGAGCCAUGAAAACCUGCCCUCUCCGGUGGAGAAGGUCAACAGUUGUGACACGUUGUCAAUGAGCUUUAGCGGGCCGUACAUUUUCUGUCAGGUACCAGCACCUGUGCUUGUGUCAGAGGAUGUCCAGUGUGAAGACAAAGACAAAGAAACUCCAUCAGAGGUCCAUCAGUUGUCGUUUCUGGUGCCGUCUCCUCUUUAUGGCAAAGACUACGUGAGCCUGCCCAGCCAUGCUGGGUCGAUGUCCACGGAGGACUUGACGUCUCGCAGUGACAACACAAGUCAACAAGUGUGUGACAGUGCUGAGCAAGACCAACACUUUACAUGUACCACACCGUGGUCCAUUGCGUCAGACAACCAGUCCAGCCCCGGCAAGCCCACAGUCAGCAGUCAACCUUCAGAUUACACCUCAGAGCAGUUCUCCAGCUGGUCUCAGGUGGGCGCCAUUCAGUCCUCAGGGUACUGUCACCUCCCGCCUAGCCUUCAAGGCAGCAGCUAG